CAGAGCAUGAUCUCCAACGGUCCAGAACUUCAGUCAGUGAACGCAUCGUUCCCGUUGGAUUCAACAGUUUUCCAGUCGACUUCCACGGUCCGUCGGACUGAGCCGAGAGUUGACGGAGACAGAAGAUCUUCAGAAUGAGCCACCGAUCUCGAGGCUCCAGGGGGCGCCAGCACCUCCACUGUGACUCCUGCUACAGCCGACGCUGCAGGACUCGGGUGGAGGCCUCCGUCAGCUGCGCCCUGGUCCCCUGCGGCCUCCUGUGCGGAGCGGUGUUCCACCUGUGUAAGGAGGAGGAGCACCUGCUGCUCUGCCCCAACGUCAGGGUACCGUGUCUCAACGCCGACCACGGCUGCCCCCUGCAGAUGCCCCGCUCCUGCCGGGCCGCCCACCUCCAGGAGUGUCCGGCCAGCGUGGUCUGCUGCUCCAUGGAGUGGAACCGUUGGCCGGCGGUCGACGCCCACUCUCAUCUCUGCGCCGAGCUGAACCAGAAUCUGAUGCAGGAGCGAGAGUCGGGAGGAGGUCUGGACCUGGCCUUGGCCCUGAGGGACCAGGACCGGCUGUUCCACCACAUGAAGAUGAAGAAACUGUUCCCAGAGCUGGUGCGGAGUGUGGAGGAGGAGGAGAAGGAGGAAGAACGGAGGGAGGAGGAGCAGAGGAGAGCGAUGCACAGGAAGGCCGCGGAGGAGAAGGAGUCAGCAGCGAGAAGAGCGGCGGCUCACACCUGGGAGUCCUUCAACAAGUUCAACAUCAGCACGUGGCAUGACACCGUGGACAAGGAUGAAGACGAAGAUGAAGAGGAUGAGGAUGAGGUUGACCUCGGUGACCUUCAAGAUCAGCAGGAGCUGACUCAGGAGGAGAGGGAGGCUCUGGCCAGGGGCUCGGGCGUGGACGCUCUGUCCCUGGAGAACUUCACGGCCUACGAGAGCAUGUUCAGUAUGGAGAUGGGUGGAUGUCGAGAAGCUGGAGGGAGAGGAGGGGGAGGGACCAAGGGGGGAGGAAAAGGUCUGAGCACUCUGACGGAGGAGGAGACUGAGGACACCAGUGAUGUGGCAGCACCCUCCAGCUCCUGCGCCUCCUCCUGCACCAACGACACAGUGAAGAGGAGGAGGUUCAUGUACGGUUCCCUGGAGCCGAUGAAGAUCAUCACGGUACGAACGUUCAGAAUCCCCACCAGCUUCUCUGCCAGGCAGGGCCGCAUCAGGAACCCCGGCUUCUACCGCAGAGAGAGCAAAGCUGUGGACACCAGCGACCUGGGGGUGGCGCUAGAGGAGGUGCCAGUGUGGGAGGAGGUACAGGCCUCCCUCCUCUGCUCCCUGGAGAAGGAGCAGCGAGGUCACAUGAUCGCAGAGAGCAUCUGCAGCGACGGCCUGCUCCAGGACGAGGGCACGCAGACCUACAGCUUCCUGUCGGCUCCUUUUCGCAGAAACACGUCUCUGGCUGAUCUGACGGCGGACAAACCUCUAGAGCUCCACCUACAGCUGCAGGUGGAGAGCGUCACGGGCAGACACCACAAGGCCAGCUCCGCCUUCACCUUCCUCUGUGGACACAGCUUUCAGCGCAGAGAAUAUGGGACACACUACAAGAACGUCCACAGUGACAUCCAGAUGGGAGUGAACGGCUGGUUCGAGCACCGAUGUCCUCUGUCCUACCUCGGCUGCACCUACAGCCAGAGGAGGUUCCAGCCUUCAACGCACGAAGCCAGCGUCUCCUACUGUGAAGACCUGGGCUGCUUCAGUCUGAGCCCCACCGUCCCUGGGUGUCCUGGAGAGACCACCCCUCAGAGGACGAGGGGCGGACAGGCAGGAGGAGCAGGAGGAGGCGCGGACUCCCUGAGCUCCCUGCCCUACGAGGUCUUGUGUCACGUGGCCAGUUUCCUGGACAGUCUGUCUCUGUCUCAGCUGGCUCUGGUGUCCAGGCUCCUCAGGCAGGUCUGCUCCUCCCUGCUGCAGGACAGAGGGAUGGUCACCCUGCACUGGGAGAAGGACACCUCCUCACACGGAGGAGCCAAGCGCUGGAGGUCCAGACCCGUGUGGCGGUUCAGUCACCUCUUCUCCUCGGUGGACUCCUGGAGGACGUCUGAUGUUCCUCCAAUGUCUGCUCACCUCAAAGUCUGUCCGUUCUACCAGACCUCAGAGGAGCAGCAGCAGAGCCGGCGUGUUCCUCUGCCCGGCAUGAGUGAGAAGCUGAGGAGCAGCCAGAAGGGGGCGACGCUGGUCGACCUCUUGACCCGGCAAGGAACACAAGAAGGAGGAGGAAGAGGAGCGUGA